AUGCAAUUAUCAUCAAUUUUGCUCCAAGGUUUAUUAUUAUCCAGCGUUAUUGCCUCUCCAACUGGUUCUACUACAGCUGCUACUCCAGAUGUUUCUGAAGGUUCAUAUGCUGAUAAUUCCACUGAGAUAUCAGCUGCUGGUGGAAACCAUCACCUUUGCUUUGAAGCUAAUGAAGGUCAGAAUUGUCAUGGUAAGAGUAUCGGAGCUUGUUCUAAAUAUCAACAAGGUAAAGGUCUCAAUUCUGGUCAGGCUAAAAGCUAUUGUUCUUUCUGGUGUAGCAAAAUUAGAGACGUCUAUGCUUGUAAAGACAACAAGAAGAAGUUUAAUUAUCAUCCUAAGUGGGGUUGUGAUGGUCAAAAGUAUUGUUAUAUGUGGCGUUGA